AGGCUAUAAUCGAGCUAUAGGGCUGGAACAUUCCUGUUCUGACGAUCUGCUGUGCUAUCUGAUCCUCUCUCUCUCCGAGUGUGUGUGUGUGUAGUAAAAGACAGUUGUAGAGAGAGAGAGAGAGAGAGAGAGUGAACGCGUGCAGGGAGAAGAGAAGAGAGAGCGAAACAGUUAGACGGGUACGGUUCACUUACUACGAACUUAUCCAGGAUCAGAAGUUUUGCGUUCAUACUCAGUGACUUCAAACCAACGGCGGCGAUCACACCUUCUUCUCCGCCAAGAACUGCCUCCAGUGCGGGACCGAGAGAGAGAGUGAAGCCGCGUAUCGUUACUCUUUUCUCUCUGUAGCGUGCACUUUGCGCCCGUGUCUAAUGGAGGGCCCCGUGCGGAUUUGCCGUCAAGAGAAUGCGCUUUCCUUCUAGUGUGUCCGGCCGGUCGCAGCUUUUGCCCUCCUGUAAGAGGUGUGAAGUGUGUGGAGGGGGUGUGUGUGAGCCCCUGGUUAGCACAUAGAGGUGAAACUGCGUCAUGGAGGACGGUGGCCUGAGAUUACUCUCUGCUGUGCUGUGUGUGUGCCAUACCCUGCUCCUCAACUGCCCAUCUGUUCUGUCUCUCUCUUUCCGUGUGGAGCCUCUCUCUGUGGUACAGAAGCAGGGUGGUACGGUCCACCUGCGCUGCGCGGCUCGUCCCGCCACCGCCAGACUCAGCUGGCUCUUCCAGGGUCGGCCCCUAGAACCUGCCCACCAACCUGGGGUAGAAGUCAGUCAAGGAUCCCUUUCGCUGUCCUCCCUUCAGUCAGAUCUCAUGGGCUCCUACCAGUGCGUGGCUCACUCUGAAAUGGGCUCUAUUGUCAGUCGCCAUGCACGGGUGCUUAUUGCAGGAAUUGAGGAGUUUUCAGAGACCCAUCGGCGGUCAUUAACAGUGACGAAAGGCGACACUGCUGUUAUAGAAUGCCCCCUUCCGCGGAGCAAUCCACCGGCUCUGCCACGCUACCGAAUACGGGGAAAAUGGCUGGAAGAAUCCACAGACGAGUAUUUAAUCCUGCCCUCCGGGAACCUUCAAAUCAUCUCAGUGUCUUCAGAGCAUCAGGGCAUGUACAAGUGUGGUGCAUAUAAUCCUCUUACUCAAGAGACUGAAGUAGAGGCCCAUGGCACUAAACUCAUAGUUAAAGAUUCAGACAGCCCUUCUCCUGUUAGGAUAGUCUAUCCCGUUACCCCUCAAAAUCUGUCGGUGGAACAGUCCAGGUCCUUGACCCUUGAGUGUGUUGUAUCAGGAAGAGCAUCUUCAAAGAUCAGAUGGACUAAAAAUGGGGCGGAGCUUUCACUGAGCUCCAAACAGAUAUUGUUGCAUAGCAACCUGGUGUUGAGUGACGUUCAGCAGAGGGAUGGAGGCCAUUAUUGCUGCUCUGUUCUGAAUGAUGUUGGAGCUGUGAUCAGUGUCAACUACACUGUGAAUGUACAUGAGCAUGUGAGCAUCCUGCAAGGCCUGUUAGACCAGGCUGUGAUCAUAGGCUCUUCUGUGCGAUUUACCUGUGCUGCCAGCGGUAACCCCACACCCAAUAUUACAUGGCUGCUCAACUCUGCCUCUCUCACUUCCUCAUCCCACCUCCAAAUCUCUGGCUCCUCCCUUCACAUCUCCUCAGUGCUGGCUCAAGAUCAGGGAAUCUACCAGUGUCUCCUGGACAACGGGAUUAGCUCUGCCCAAUCGGCAGGCAGACUUAGCAUCCAGUUAGAACCCCAGUCAAGUUCCAUGUCUGGAGUUCCCAUGGAGACACUACCAUCCGUCCACCCUAUCCAGAGUGAUGAGGGUGAUGAACUCCUUUUGCUGGGGGAGGAGGAGCUUGGGGACACCAUAGGACCACCCACUGAGAGAAGCAGUGACAAACCCACACCUGAGGCCCCAAUCAUAAUAAGCCCACCUCAAACGCACAAACCCAACAUGUAUGAUCUCGAGUGGCGAGCAGGUCGAGACUGGGGCAUCCCUAUUAAUGCAUACUUCGUAAAAUACAGGAAGGUGGAUGACAUGGGGAAUGUGGUGGGGAACUGGCACACUGUGCGAGUCCCUGGCAGUGAGAAAUCUCUGCCCCUGUCUGAGCUGGAGCCGUCCAGCCUGUACGAAGUUCUGAUGGUGGCCCGCAGUGCUGCAGGAGAGGGCCAGCCCGCCAUGCUCACUUUCCGCACUGGCAAGGAGAGGGCCUCCCCCAAUAAGAACCCCUCCAAGGCCCCAUUUGUGUCUAUUCCAGAAAAAGCACUGGAGGACAAAACCACUAAUACAUAUUAUGGAGUGGUUAUACAUGACAGAGUUCCUGAGGCCCCAGACCGCCCAACUAUUUCUAUGGCAACAGAAAGUUCAGUCUAUGUCACAUGGAUCCCUCGAGCCAAUGGCGGCUCCCCGAUCACAGCCUUUCGUGUGGAGUAUAGGAAGCAGGGACGGAGUGGUGACUGGAUCAUUGCAGCCGAUAACAUCUCACCCCUUAAACUGUCGGUGGAAGUGCGCAACCUGGAAUCAGGUUCCACAUACCGUUUCCGAGUCAUUGCCAUGAAUAACUACGGUGAAAGUCCCACCAGUGCCACCUCCAGGCCGUACCAGGUCUCUCUGUCAAAUCCACCUGUCUCGAACCGCCCAGUUGCUGGCCCGCACAUCUCUUCCACCGACGCUGUCAGCGAUACUCAGAUCAUGCUCCGCUGGACUUACACUCCUUCCAGUAACAACAACACUCCCAUCCAGGGAUUCUACAUUUACUACCGGCCGACAGACAGCGACAAUGACAGCGAUUACAAGAGAGAUAUGGUGGAAGGCUUCAAAUUCUGGCAUAUGAUUGGUCAGCUCCAGCCAGAGACAUCAUACGACAUCAAGAUGCAGUGUUUUAACGACGGCGGUGAGAGCGAGUAUAGUAACGUCAUGAUCUGUGAGACCAAAGCCCGUCAGCCUCCAGGUGUGCCCAGUCAACGCCCCAUCACCCCUCCAGGCAUGUACCCUGUUGAUACUCCCAGCCAGCCUGGCGGUCUGCUCUACCUGAUCGUGGGCUGUGUUCUGGGUGUCAUGGUUCUCAUUUUGCUGGUCUUCAUCGUCAUGUGUUUGUGGAGGAACCGUCAGCAGAACAGUCUACAUAAAUACGACUCUCCUAGUUACCUAUACCAGUCUGCGGAGAUGAAUGGCCAUGUUCUGGAAUAUUCCACUCUGCCUGGCUCCAGCCAUGUGAAUGGAAGCAUACACACAGGCUGUGGGCACACCGCUCCCAUGAUGCCCCAGGGCUGCCAUCACCUCCACCACAAGCUACCCAACGGACUGGCUCUGCUGAAUGGAUCAGGAACCCUCUACCCUGCUGGGCAUCCCCACACACAUGACACCUCCCUUCCCCACAACAUCAUGGAGUACGAUCACUCACACCCUCACCACCUUCAUAAUGGUGGUAUAUACACGGCUUUGCCCCAGAACGACUCGUCUGACUGCAUGAGCUGUCAAAAUUUCUGCAACAACAACAGGUGUUACACAAAAACCAAUGGCACUUUCUCGGGUGGCACUCUCCCUCUAAUGCACCGUGUGGCUGCGCGCCAACCCGACGGACUCGAAAUGAUGCCGCUCAACUGUGUUCUGUCUCGCUGCCAUGGACAUGACAGCUCACAGCUUAACGGCACCCUGGAGAGAGAUUCAGCCAAGGAGGCAGAGGAGGGCAAGGCUCCGCCCCUUUCCCAGAAUUCCUCUUGUCUGCCUGUGGAAACGAAUUCCUGCUUUGAACAGCAGAGAGGAGGACAGCCCAUGCAGCUUGAAGAUUCGGAGGGUCCUGUGGUGUGUUGGGAAAGGCUGGGAUUGCCGAAUUUUGACUGUACGGAAAAACCAGUCUGGAUCUCUACUGGAAGCCUGACUGGAGAUCUCAUCCAGCCCACAGCGCAGGAGGUCUGAACACACUUUUAAUGAAAAACAGACACGGCAAACGUGCAUGCAUUCACAAAACACACAGAAGAGAAUGUGAGAAAUGGGAACAUGGAUAAAUUCAAAUCAGGAAACGGACAGUGAUGGAAUGGUCAGAGACAAUGUGAUGUGAAGUGGACACUAAACUGAUCGAGUACAGAGCUGGAACAGACCGAUAAGGGAAAGAAGGAUGGAAAUAAACAAUGUAAAGGAAAGAAUGAAGAGACUUUUUAAGGAAGGAUGGUGGAAGAUUCCAAGGCUGAAACUGUCCCAUUUAUGGGAGGACUUUUAAAAGCAAAAACUUAGAUGACUUAUUUAUUUUUUGUAGUAGUAAAAUAUUAUUUCAUAUGAAUGUAUCUGUUGUAAGAAAAAAGUUUGUCUUUUAUAUUAUUUUUUUAUUUAUGCUUUUGUUUCGGAUGAGAUACUUUUUUAUUUUUUGUUGUUUAUUUGACUUUAUAUAUGUAUUUUUUUUGUUUAUGUUCCACACUGUGUGGAGUUUAGCCAUUGUAUGUGUAAAGUUUUGUAAUAAUAUAAAGAGAAGAUUAAGUAUUACGCCUAUCUUUUUCUUCCUCUGAAGUCCUCUUAUGCUGUGCGUUAAUAUGUGAAACACAAGUUGCCCUUCACAGCUGAUCUGAAGUCAAUAUUAGUCACACUUAACGUGUUUCCACUGAAAUGGUACUGGUACCAGGGCUCUCUUAGGCCACAUUCACACAAAUCUGUUUUUGUUUGAAGUCCACAUUUUACGUUUUCCAAUUUCAUUGUUUUCCAAAGUACGUGGUAAUGUAGAGCGUUUCCGAUACACGGCGUUCUAUUGUGGAUAAGAGGCGAAAACAUAGCAAAAUGAAUGCGUUUUUAAACAAAAACUUAUUCGUGUGGACGUAGCCUAAGAAUGGCCCACGUUUCCUCUGACUUAAGAGACAAAUGAAGAUGUAACGACGUAACCAGCUCACAAGCAAAGGUGGUUCAUCACAAUCUUUGGCCACGUCCACACUUAUAUGUUUUCGUUUGAAAAUGCAUUAAUUUCACUACGUUUUUGCCUGCCGUCCACACUGAGAUGUAAUUUUUGUCCAGCGAAAUUGAGCUUUUCGAAAGCGCGCUCCCAAGUGGAUACAUUUUGUGGACAGGAAAAACUGAGAUAUUCGAAAAUGAUGACAUAUUUGUUGUCAUGUGACACAGUCAUGUGAUCCAUUCAAUCCAAACAAUCAAGAUGGCGGACCAUGUUGUAGCGCCGUUGUUGUGCCCAAUGUUUACUUUGAUAGCGUUUUUAAAGAUAAAUGUUACUUUGUACAACCCACACAUUGCAUUUCUUCAAAGGCGAUGGGAAGUUUACUCAGAAUUGCUGUCCGGUGAUGAAACAUGAGGACAAUUGCAUUUCAGACCAUACGUGGAAAUUACGCUGGGCUAUUUUUUUCCGCAUGCGCAGUAAGGGAAUUGAAACGCUUUUGUACGUUUUGUGUGGACAAGCAACUUUUGGAAAACGUUUGAAAACAGCCGUGUGGACUGAGGCCACGUCCACACAAAUAAAAGUUUGUUGGAAAACGCAUCUUUUUCUCUACGUUUUGGCCUUCUGUCCACACUAAAACGGUGUUUUGACAGUGAAAACUGACCUUUUCGAAAAUGCUCUUCGAAGAGGAUACAUUUGAAAAUGUCGUCUUCACGUUGUUGUGUGGACGGGGAAAACUGAGAUAUUCAAAAACGAUGACAUGUUUCUUGUCAUGUGAUCCAUUCAAGCCAAACCAAUAAAGAUGGCAGCCCAUGUUG